GCCAGGGGAGGAUGUUCCAGAGCGGUGGUCUUUUCAUGCGUUCUGGAGCUCCGUGCGUACUGGCUUUCAAGAUGAUUUUAAGGAGGCACUAGGGUUUAUUUUCUUCCUCCUUUCUUUUUAAAAAAAAAUCCAACUGGAACCUUCCGACACCUCUGCGUUUACUUGGAUUGAAAAGAGAUGCGCACACGUUCACGAGGCUACAUUGUCCGGACACCGCGAGAGGAGGAGAGGAGCAUGUAACCGGGAGAGAGACGCACCGGCGGCGGCACCACCACCACCACCACCACCUGACACUUUCCUCACCCUCUCAUUAUCUGAGCCUCCUCGGUGUGUUGACUCGACCCAAUCCUGUUGUUUUUUUUGGAUUUAACCUGCAGCAAAAAUGACCGAGGAAGUGUCAGAGGUCCCAAAAGAGCUCCUUGAGAGUGUGCGGGAUGCAGUGGGGAGGAAGGUGAAGCUGUCGCUGAGGAGGAGAGUCAAACUGGAGAUAAAAGGAGACAAGACGGAGAACAGAGUCCUGGCGCUUGCUUCGCAUCGAGCAUACCUUUUGACAGCGCGCAUUCCAGCCAAGGUGGAACACUCCUUGAAUUAUCUGGAGAUCCAGGGGAUUGCUUGCAACAAGCCGACACAGCUGUCCAUAGAGUAUGAGCGCGGCUCCUUUUCUCUAAAGCUGCUCUCCACAGACGAGGUCAAUGAGGUGGUCGCUCACGUCGGAAACUGUCUGCAGAGGAUAUGUCCGGGUCUACCACCUGGUAAAGUGAUGAAGAAACUCAGCAUGGAGCCUCCAGACAGGCUGACUUCUUUACAGGCACUAUGGGAGAGCAACAAACCUGCUGAACCUGGACCAUGUGGUGGUUUCUCUCAGAUGUACAGGUGUGUUUGUGAUUGGCUGGGGCUGCCUUACAGAGAGGAGGUUCAGUGGGAUGUAGACACCAUCUAUUUAACUCAAGACACCAGAGAGCUAAACCUGCAGGAUUUCAGCCAUCUGGAGAACAGGGAUCUGGUUGCCAUAAUAGCAGUCCUGGAGUUCAACCAGUGGUUUACCAAACUCUCCACCAAGGAUUAUAAAUUGUCUGCAGAUGUGUGUGAGCAGAUCCUUAGGGUGGUGGCCAGAUCCAGUCGUCUGGAAGAGUUGGUUCUGGACAACGCAGGACUCAAAACUGAUUUUGCCCAAAAGCUAGCUGCUGCCCUGGCCCAUAACCCCAGCUCAGGACUCACCACCAUUAAUCUCGCCAACAACCCGCUGGAGGACAGAGGUAUCUCCUCGCUCGGUGCUCAAUUUGCCAAACUCCGUAUGGGUCUCAAGCAUUUAAACUUCUCCAAGACCUCACUAUCACCCAAAGGGGUGAACAGCCUUUGCCAGUCACUGAGUGCCAACCCGUCCAUCCCCAGCAGCCUGGUCCAUCUGGACCUCUCAGGGAAUAUCCUCCGAGGAGACGACAUGCAGCAUUUCUUCAACUUCCUGGGUCAACCAAACAGCCUGGCAACCCUUGACCUGUCCAACACCGACUGCUCAUUGGACCAGGUUUGCUCUGCUCUGCUGCGAGGCUCGGUCCAACAUCUGUCUGUUCUCAAUGUGUCAAAGAGCGUCUUCCCUCACAGGAAAGGCAAAGAGGUGCCGCCGUCAUUUAAGCACUUCUUCAGCAGUGCCAUGUCUCUCAGCUCCAUCAACGUGUCGGGAACCAAGCUGCCACCAGAGGCCCUCAAAGCACUUCUUCUUGGCCUGGCCAGUAACCCCAAUCUGAAGGAUGUGUCUUUAGACCUGAGCUGCUGUGAGCUUGGCCAUUGUCUGCGGUCAGGAGGCUCCCAGAUCCUUGAAGGGUGUAUUGCUGAGAUCCCAAACAUUUCCAGUCUGGAUAUCUCUGACAAUGGCCUGGACUCCGACCUGUCUACUCUACUGGUGUGGUUGGCUAAAAACCGGUCCAUCAGACACCUGUCUCUGGGCAAGAACUUCAACAAUAUCAAGUCAAAAAACCUCGCUCCAGUGUUGGACAGUCUGGUCCAUAUGAUCCAGGAGGAAGAGUCGCCCCUCACCUCCCUAUCCCUAGCCGACUCCAGACUAAAGAGCGACCUGACCAUCGUUCUGAACGCCCUCGGCAGCAACACGUCGCUUACGAGGCUCGACAUCAGUGGAAAUGCCAUGGGAGACAUGGGAGCCAAAAUGCUGGCCAAGGCUCUGCAGAUCAACUCCAAACUCAGGACUGUGAUCUGGGAUAGGAACAACGCUAGCCCCCAGGGUCUACAGGAUGUAGCAGCCGCUCUGGAAAAGAACUUCACCAUUCGUUUUAUGCCGAUCCCAAUCAUCGAUGCCUCCCAGGCUCUGAAAGCAAACCCCGAGAAAACAGAAGACGCCUUACUAAAGAUUGAGAAUUAUCUAUACAGGAAUCAUGAAACCAGAAAAUACUUACAGGAACAGGCCUAUCGACUACAACAAGGCAUCGUAACCACAACCACACAACAGAUGAUUGACCGGAUAUGUGUCAAGGUUCAGGACCACUUGAACUCUCUGAGAAACUCGGAGGCAGACAACAUUUUGGAGGAUGUCAAAGCAGCUGAAAACCUCAUCAAAGAUGCGAGGAAUUCCAAGACUCUGCUCCCUAACCUCUAUCAUCUCGGAUCGGCUUCCAGAGAGGAGGUGAACAGCUCCUCCAUGGGGCCCAUUCAGGAGAAACUGGAGUCUAUGGCGGGGGAGGUGACGACCGUCAUGGACCAACAACUGCAGACUCUACUGGAGUCUAUGGUGGAUGCAGCAGAGGCUCUGUGUCCCCAUGUGAUGAAGAGGAGUAAUCUCCGUCAAGACCUAGUGAAGUCCAGCUCGUCCAAGAUGGUUGUACCGAAGAGUUUUGUAACCAAAACCCUCCUGGAGCAGUCAGGGGUGGAUAUUAUCAACAAGAUCAGUGAGGUGAAGCUGAGUUUAGCGUCCUUCUUGUCUGAUCGCAUUGUUGACGAGAUUUUGGAAGCUCUCUCUUCUUCACAACAUACACUGGCAGAUCAUCUGGUGAGACGAGGUCGUCCCUUGAUGCAGCAGGAGUCUGUGGAUCUGGAUGUCCCCGAGGAGAAGAUUCCAAAACGGGCAUCGACAGAGAUACUGGAGGGUGAGCGGCUGGAAGACCUGGAGACGGGCUUUAUGAGUCUGUGCUGCACCAGUAUGACCCCGAAAUCCAAGAGGAAAAGCAUUCACAGCAGAAUGUUGCGUCCAGUGUCUCGUGCCUUUGAAAUGGAGUUUGACCUGGAUAAGGCCCUGGAGGACGUCCCUGUCCACAUUGAAGACACUGCAGGUUCAUCUCAUACCCCACCUACUCCAUCUCAGGGCCUGUCCAAACUGGACCAGCGUCCAUCAGGAGGGAUGGUGGAACUUCCAUCUGAGGAGGAAAAAAAGCUACAGCACUUUACCAAAUUACGGCCCAAGAGGAACAAGAAAACACAGUCCAGCAAAGUACCUCAAAUCAACAGUACUCCAUCUCAGGAUGGGGAGCAGAACGGCCUUAUGGGAAGGGUGGAUGAAGGUGUGGAUGAAUUCUUCUCCAAGAAAGUCACCAAGAUGGAUUCAAAACGUUCCCUGAAAAGUUCAGAAUCUCAGGAUGGAGAGAAGAAAAAGAAAGGAGGAUUCCUCAACCUUAUCAAACGAUCCUCCAAAUCAGACAAAUCAGAUAAAUCUGAUAAAUCUGACAAAUCUGACAAGUCAGAGAAGAGCCAAGCCACCCCUCCAUCCUCCACACCAUCCUCAGCUCCAGCUCCCACCAUCCCUGAAGAGCCCUCCUCACCAAAGGUGGCAGUAAAGAGCCCAGCACUGGAGCCAAAGUCAAGAGAUGCCUCUAGUCGCUCCCAGCCCACAGACUACAGCAGCAGCUCCGACCGGUCAGAAGAGCUGAGGACACCGGACUCCAUAGAUGAGCCAUGGGAGGGUUCAGACGGGAGGGGCAGCCCCCAGGGAGGAAAACGCUACCCGGGUGUACAGAUGAUGGGCAGCGGCCUCCUGGCAGAGAUGAAAGCCAAGCAGGAGAGGAGAGCACACAAGUCUUCCAGCCCUGACAGACCUGACAGCAACGCAACAGCCAAACCCCAGCCCCCCACUCCAGAAAACAGGUCUCCCAGUGGCGCCAUCAAUAAACCCGACCCUCUUACUGCAUCUCCAGAGAAGACCCUGCCUCGUGGCGAGACCAAGCCUGAAACGGUCCCUCGUCUCAGGGGUACCUCCUCUUCCAGCUCCCAUGGUGGACCCUUAAGUCCCAAACCCCCAGUGCCCCAGGGAGCGAAGCCCGCCCUGGCUGCCCGACCGACCAUCCCUCAGAAACCAAGGACCGGCAGCACCAGCAGGAGCAUAGAUGAGAGCGCUGAUUCCCCCAGCAGUGGCAGUGUAUCCCCUAAAGUCACAGUUCUGCCUCCCACACUGAAGAGGGCGACGUCAGAGAAGGACAAAGAGGGUUCGACCGGUCAGCAGCCCGGAGGGUCGGUCAACAAACCCACUCAGGAAGUGAAGACGGCGUCAGACUCUGUUCAGAGACCCAGCCCUCUACGCACUAACUCUGAGGACCACGGCCCCUUCAAGAACAAGGACCAGUCCAUGAAACCUGACAAAGACAAGGGAGCAAAGAAGUCCUCGGAAUCCGGAGAGGAGGCAGAUAAUGAGAUCAUUUUAAUAUAACUAGGGCAAAUUUAAAGCAAAAACCUGCUGGCAAGCCUCACCUUCUCCUUCAGAAAAGCAAAUAAUGGGAAAUUUAACAGUUUUUCAUCUUUGCAAGAAGUUUCACUUGAUGUCAAGUAUGUACGAGAUCCUCUAGUGUCAGGUAAUUGUAAGUUUCAGAAUAAAUCAAAUUUGAUAAUGAUGUUAAUUGACCGUUUUUGGAGACUCAUAGCAAACAAACUGCUUAAUUUCCUAAGAGCUUCCUUCCUGUUCAGCGUUUCCAGUAUCAACUUCAACACAUCUCUGAAAAAUUCAUGCCUCAAAAAAAAAAAAAAAAAAAAAAAAAGAAAGCAUUCUCUGAAGUUAAAACAGUGCAUUUCAGCAGAUGUUUGUAAACCAAUGAGACGUGACGCUUCAGGACCCAGUUGACUAUCAGUGUAGAUCUAAAACCACAGUCAUGUACUAAUAAUCUGUCUUGUCGCUAUUUGUCACAGUAGCUUAUCUCCCAGGGACCAAACACUCAACAACCACACCUGUAUCACAGUACUGUACUUCAAACCUAAAAUACAUACAUACAUUUUUCUCAACAUAUUUGUAUAGAUUUUUCUCUCCACUAUUUUUAGGACGUGUAAGUUAACCUUUAUUUUCACCGGACUUCAGAGGUUACUGAAUCCAUUAUGCAAUUCAUCUUUUUUACUGGAAUAUACAGGUUCCGCUGAGAAUCUCAGCACCAACAAAUGUCAGAAAUCCGUAUGUAGUGUGUUCUUGCAGGACAGUGAGUUAUACAGAGGGGAUUAACUGGACUCUUUACUGAGAAACAAAAGACAAAUCCCCCCCCCCCAUUCCCCCCCGGUCCUCAAACAUGCCCACCGGACUCAAGUUUCCCUGUGUGAGGGAGUUGGAGUGACCAUAUGAAGUGUUUGUGCUUUGAGAGGACUGUGGUGCACUUUAACGUCAGUAAUACUUAAUCAUUAAGGCUUCAGCACUGUUAACUAACACUACAUGUGUCCAGACACUGUGGAAAAGGAUCUGUCUGUCUUUUAAGUUCAAGAUAGAUCCACUGUAAAUAUUUCAGCUCAGAUUUUCUUGUCGUUUCCGUCACCUGAAGUUCUGGGUGAAUUUACCAAGAGGAAACAAGUAUUAAGAUAAGGUUUUAGCAUGCAGUGUUUGUCCAAUAUAUAGUUUGUGGCUUGCUCUUAAAAGCAGAUGGGUCCUCACUUCUAAUAAAUACUAACAUCUUGCAUUUCUGAAAAGCCCUCUGAUGCGCUAGUAGUUCGAUGAAAGCAAGGAACAUACUCAAAAAAAAAAACAAAAACAUCAAAUAUUCACAGUGACACGUGAGUUCCUAUCGCGUGGAUCUGUCACUGUGUUUCCCGUUUUAGGAGCUUGUACGGGAGUGAGUUUGUUCUUUGUGUGAAAGCAGGACACUGAGGUAACUCCAGCCUUCAAACUACUUUUCCACCUCAGAAUCUCCUAAAAAAAAAAAAAAAAAAAAGAAAAAGAAAAAAAGAAAAAUCUCCUUCAGGGCUUUCAAA